CGAUAAGCCCCGUUUAGUUAGCAAUUGAAAGCCGUGUUAGAUGGAACAUCAUUUCGAUACCGAUUGCAGCUUAGACUCCGACGCUAUAGUUUAUGUUCCAUCCCGUUUGAGCAGUGGAUUUGAGAAUUCAGAAGAAAUUUGUUAGAGCAUCAAAGUGACGAACAGAUGCUGUGUUGGGAAGGAGCCUCGGAUUAUGACACAUUUCUAUCCUCUCAGGAGCUGCACAGAGAUACUUUCAUGCACUCCAGUCGAAAAUCAAGCGUGCCGUUGCCUUGGAGUUCGACUACUCAUGCCACACACAAUAUGGAGCAAAUUUCCGGACCGCCAGCUAGAACGGGUACCUGCUAUCAAACACCUCGCUCACACCCGUGGCGCCCGACUAUGGGUUACGAGGCUGUUCAAGUUACUCCGCUCCACGAACAACCAAUUACCAACGCUCUGGUAGCGUCUUCCUACUCGCCAUCAGCCAUGUGUUCAGAUCCAGUAACCUUUCCAAAUCUUGUCACGGGAUUCGAGCGAAAUCCUCAACACGCUGCACGUGCUGCUCUGUAUACUCGUUACACGCCAAACGAAUGGACCACCUCAAAUGUCGUGACAUACGCGGAGGCCGACAAGAAUCGCAACUAUGCGGAGAAGGUUCGCUCGGAAGCAGUUCGACUUAUGCGAGAAACAGACGAGAAGACUUCCCAAGGUCAACGAGAUGCGGCAAGGCGCCUGGGAGAACGCAUAACGGAUAUAACGUUCUGGCGAAAUGAGCUCUCGACCGAAUUGGAAAAACUGAUCGCCGAAUCCGCCCAGCUUACGGAUACGAAACGUAAUGUCCAGAAAGCACUGCAAGAUCUAGAGCCGCCCUUGCACAUUGCGCAAGAGUGUCUGUACCAUCGCGAAGGUCGCAAAAGCAUCGAGUUAGUGCAUGAUCAUGUCGAAAAAAGUCUACUCGUUGAAGUGGAUAAUCUAAGAUCCUGUCAGGAAAAGCUAUCGCAACUGUUGACUAGAAUCACCAAACAGCUCGCUGAUUGUCGAGCCGCACAGCACUCCCUGGAGGAUGAUAUCAGUCAUAAGGAGUCGGCUCUUGGAAUCGAUUCGUUGUGUCAUCAGUUGAAUAACUACAGCCGCGGGAUUAAUUAUUACGGUGGUAUAGAAAAAUAUGAUCCGACUGUUAGUACCCCCGGCACGUGGUCCGGUUCGAGCAGCACGCGCAUUAACAACUCACACUCGGAACGUUCGAAAUCCUGCCAGCUUCGUAGUGAUGCAGAAUCACUCAUCAACGCUGUGGCCACAUCCGUCUGGGACUGCUGGAGCAACACUAACAAUGCGUUCAACAACCGAUCGUCGGAAAUGCUCGAAGCGAAGAGCAAAAUGCAACUGCAUUUACACAAAACUCAACAAGAGAUCUUCGACGUUGAAAAACACAUUGAGCUUUUGAGAAAGGCAGUGAACGACAAAUCUAAUCCUAUGAGAGUUGCUCAAACUAGACUAGAAGCACGUGCUCACCGUCCGGGCAUUGAAAUGUGUCGCGACAACGCCCAUCUACGUUUGGUGGAAGAAGUGUGCACAAUCCAAGAAUCGGUUGCAACCCUGCACCGGAAAUUGCAGGAAGCGGAGGCACAGCAUCAGCAUUUACUUAAAACCAAAUCUCAACUGGAGAACAAUCUCAAACAGAAAGUUGACGCGCUUUUCAUCGACCGAGAAAAGUGCAUGGGACUACGUCGCUCGUUUCCAGUCAACAAUACGAUUAAAUAUUAGACACGCAUCUCAAGGCUUCCGCCCUAAACCAAACCAUGAAUGUGCGAUUAUUGUUAUUCUGCGUAGAUUAACUACAAUAUAGUUAGACUUUUGCUUGCUCUCGGGGAUGUAGUUUAAAUAUAUUAUAU